AUGAGUGGCCACGCCUCUGGACCUCUUUCUUCCAGGAACGCCCCCUCAGGCGAUGACAGACACAUAGAGGAAAGGGAGAAAACACAGAGUUACUGCCUGUCCGAAGAAGGCAACCUGGCGUCGGUCCACAGCAACGAGGAGAACAACUUUCUCCAGAGGUUGACCAAAGAAGACACCUACAGAUUCCCCCUCACCUGGAUCGGGGGCACCGAUUGCAUCCAGUCCGGUUUUUGGAGGUGGAGUGACGGCACCAUGUUCAACUACAGAAACUGGUCCAAGCGCUACAACAUGCAAGACCAAGGGCGCAAGAUGAGAUGUCUGCAGAUGAAUUAUGGAUAUCGUAAGAAGUGGAACGCCUCCUCCUGCAACGACACUCUCCCUUUUGUGUGUGCCAAGGAGAUGUGA